AAUCAAAGCGCAGUAGGCGAGGCUCAUGCGCAGCGCAGCGGUUCAUGGGUUCGUGACGUCACUGGCAGAUCUAAAGAUGGCGGCGCUGUUAUUGAGACACGCGGCGCGGCGAUGCCUCCAGCCCCAGCUCCGGCCGGCCUUCUGCCUCAGAAACGCUGUUCCCAUGGGGACCACGGCCAAGCAGGAGAUGGACCGCUUCUGGGACAAGAACACCCGCCUGGACCGCCCGCUGUCACCUCACAUGACUAUUUACAAAUGGUCUUUGCCUAUGUUCAUGUCCAUCACACACAGAGGCACCGGCGUCGCCAUGAGUGCGGGGGUCUCAUUGUUCGGCCUGGCCGCCCUGGUUCUGCCCGGAGACUACGCCUCGUACCUGGAGCUCAUCAAGUCCCUCAGCCUGGGCCCGGCGCUCAUCUACUCCGCCAAGUUCGCCAUUGCGUUUCCAUUCAUGUACCACACGUGGAACGGCAUCCGACACCUGGCCUGGGACCUUGGCAAAGGCUUUAAGAUACCCGAAGUGUACCAGACGGGUUACAUCGUGCUGGGUCUCACCCUCCUGUCAGCCGCUGGCAUUGCCACCCUGUGAUGCCGACAUGCUUAACUCUCUCAUACUGAACGCACAUAAUCCUGUCAUCUCGCACCUUUAUAAUACCAGUCCCCUCCACCAUCCCGCUCCCCUCUGUGCCUUAUAAUGUCUAUAGGUCACGGUGAUCAGGAUCCGUUAUCCCGGGCAUCGCCCUUCCCUGAGGCUAUUAAAGGGAAAUCGUCUGAUCAAGUAUCUGCAUCUCGUGCUGCCCUGAAGUCUCCUCCAUGGUGGAUCCCUGGCAGAGCUGGAGGGUACCAGUCCGUGCCCGUCCUCUGGACGGAUAAUGGAGCCUAUUGUCCCAGGUUAUUGUGGGAAGGGAAUUAAAAUUCCACAAUUCGUGUGGGAAAUAUGGAAAGGGCAAAUGUAACUGGAGGCGCAGAUACAGACGAUGGGGGUCCCAGUAUUGGGGGGCGAUGUGUUUAAAGGGGAUGUUCUCCUUUGGCCACUUGCAUCCACCUGGUGACAUGUACAGCGCGGGGUGUCCGAUGGCGUACCUUACGCUUCACAGGUGGUCGCUAUGGAACAUCCCCUUUAAGCCCCCCCGCCAGUCCGUCUCUACCUAUCGAGAAGGGAAUAAUAAUAAUACAUCUCCCCUCAUCCUGGUAACUGUAACACAUGCCGUCCUCCUCACCCUCUGUUUUGUGUGGCGCCAUAUCGCCCCCCGUUUCGUACUCGUGAAGGAAAUCCAAAGGGUUUACCUGAACAGUCCCAUUAUUGUACCGAUGACUCAAUAAAGUAUAUUGUUAAAAAAAAAAAA